GAAGUAGCAGAUGCCGGAACCCGGAAGUGUUUGCUAGUUACACACUUGCCUAGCCGCAUCCCCCAGUAUCACUUAGCUGGUUAAGUUUAAUGUUAUCAUCUUCUACGUCGUAUCAUUACUAUGGGACCGCUGUCAAACGACACGGUGCUGAGAAACAGAGAGAAGAGAGCUGAAAACGUCCCAAGACCUCAGGUUUGACCUCAACUGGGUGCAGUUUAUCACACCAUGUUGGUGACAACAUAUCUUGCCAUAAUUUUCCUGCUGGCCCUGUGUGUUGGCCUCGAGCUCACAGCACGUCGCCUCACCCCACCUCAAUCUACUCCUACUGCUGUAGCCAACCCAGCCUUCCGUCGCUUCCAGAGUGUAUUCCUCCGGGCAUACCUUUUGGCUUUGUGGGCAGACUGGCUCCAGGGUCCUUACCUCUACAAACUUUACCGCCACUACAGCUUCCUGGAAUCUCAAAUAGCCAUCUUAUAUGUGUGUGGCCUGGCAUCCUGUGUUCUGUUUGCUCCUUUCUCAGGCUGGCUCCCUCAAGCCUUGGGCCGCAGACAGACAUGUCUUCUCUUCUGCCUGUCCUACUCUGCUUGUUGUCUCACAAAGCUGUCCAGAGACUAUUUUGUUUUGAUUGUGGGCCGUGUCCUGGGGGGCCUGUCCACAUCCCUGCUCACCACUUCAUUUGAAGCCUGGUAUGUGCACCGACAUGUCGACGUCCAUGAUUUUCCCAAGGAGUGGAUCCCCAGCACCUUCACCAAAGCUGCUACCUGGAACCACGGGCUCGCUGUUGGAGCAGGGCUGGUGGCUAACUUGCUGGCUGAGUGGCUCCACCUAGGGCCAGUGGCUCCCUUUCUCCUGGCUGUCCCCAGCCUUGUGUGCUGUGGCUGGGUGGUGCUAACAGACUGGGGCAAGGAAGAGGCUGAGGGAGGUCCAGAAGGAGACAAACAGACACCUCUUCUUGGCGCUCCAAACGGAGGUUUGACCCGUUUGUCUGCAAAGGCCAGGUUCUCACGCAGCUGCCAUGAAGGGCUGCGCUGCCUGCUUUCAGACAGGAGAGUCAUGCUGUUGGGUGGAGUGCAGGCUCUGUUUGAAAGUGUCCUCUACAUUUUUGUUUUCCUGUGGACCCCAGUACUGGACCCUCAUGGGCCUCCUUUAGGAAUAGUGUUCUCUUGCCUGAUGGCUGCCAGCAUGGCAGGCUCCUUGCUGUACCGUUUAGCCACCUCCACUCGCUACCGUCUACAGCCUGGCCAUGUGCUCUGCCUGGCUGUGCUGAUGGCUUUCUUCUCUUUCUUCAUGCUGACUUUUUCCACCGCCCCAGGUCAGCCUAGACCUCAUGAAUCCUUUCUGGCCUUCCUAUUGCUGGAGCUGGCCUGUGGCCUCUACUUCCCAGCAGUCAGCUUUCUCCAGGGCAGGGUUAUCUCAGAGGAGAAGCGGGCUGGUGUGCUGGCCUGGUUCCGCCUGCCUCUGCAUCUGCUGGCCUGCCUGGGGCUGCUGGCCCUCCAUGGGGAGGUAUCAGGAACCGGUGGAGGAGAGGGUGGCAGCGGUACUAGGCACAUGUUUGGAGGCUGUGCUGUUAUGAUGCUGGCAGCUUUGAUGGCUGUCGUUAGUCUGUUCACCCUGGGUAGAAACGACACAGACCUGAGACUGGAGGGAACCAGAGGGGAGGGAGAGAUGUUUUGAAGAGAUGGGCCAUAUAUCCAUUUAUGUUUUACUGGUUUGAAAUGUGUUAUACCAGUUUUGUGUGACUGAAAGUAGUAACCUGAUGUGUUUGAUCAGAGUAGUCAGAGGUCUGCACUUUGCCAAAUGUACCAAUGAAGAAAAUCAAAGCUCAGAAGGGGUGUUUGGUAGAUUAAAAUACAAUUCAGCUUCAGUUAUUAUAUGUUUACAUUGUUGCUUUUUUAAUGUUGCUUUUCUAUGUAGGGAUGCUUUGGGAACAUGGUCAUAUCUACUGUCCUUUGUCAAGUAAAUUGCUGGAAACUUUGUCAGCCCUGCCCAAAAUUCCUGUGUCAUUCCAUUAAGUAUUCCAGAUAAGUUAUUGUCUCACCUACAGGGAGAUGAUGAAUUAAUGUAAUCUCUCAGUUACCCCAUGGGGAUGAGUAACUCUCAAGUUUCAACAAACCCAUGAAAAGAUAAUCAUUUAUACAGUUGAAUGAAUAUCCAAAGAAGUAAGGUUUUUACUAGCAUGUAAACCAGUCUCUAAUUUGAGUUUCUACAAUACUUCUUGCACUGUACUUUUGAUUUCUGUUGUUUUUCUUCAGGAUUUGUUAUUGAAAAGAGCAACCAACAGUAGGUCACUUUUACUUUGAAUACUUUUUCUGCACCAUCUACAGGACAUUUCCUCUGUAUUGUCUUAACAUGUCUCUGUUCUUUGCACUUUUAAAUAAAAAGUUCAUAUUGUUUAUAAUGAA